ACUCAGUUGCUGCUACGGUGGACCGUCGGAUGAACCUGUGGUCUCAGGUCAAACUUACAGAAAGGAUUUUUCUGUCAGUAAUAGAAACAGUGUUAUGCAGAUGAUGUUUUGUGAGAUGACUAGAAAAUGUGACAGCAUGUGUUACAGGUAUAAUAAUGUUCAGCUGUUGGGACACGGGUGGAAAAACACCCUUCUCUCUCCAAAUUCUUACUCCAUUAAAUGAAAUAAACCACUCGGGGAAGCUCGGUGUCAUUCCGUCCCUUCACUGCUGUUUCAUGACACCAUGCGCUUUCUUUUCAUGAUGUUGUGUUGUUAAUCUCCUGUUCUACUCCACACCAAAUGUAUGGGCUGAUGGACACACACAGACUUUCUCUCCAUUGUCUGGAUGCCAAGCUGAUGCGGUCAAGGCUGGUCCCUCCACCCUCCCCCCCCCGCGUCUUCCAUGUAUUAACAUAUACUCUUGGAAGAGGCCGACAUAAUCACACAGCCAAUAAGGACCCGGUGAUCUCAAGCACUGUUUUAGCACAAGGACUUAUUCUCUGAGCACAGCCUCCACAUUUUUAGACGCUCGUCUUUGUCGCCGGAGGUGCUCCUCUUCCUCUUGGAGGUGUCGUGUCGGCUGUCGCCAUGUCUGAUGCUGAGGAAGUGUAUGAGGAGGAAGAAGCCCAGGAGGAGGUAGUAGAAGUAGAAGUAGCCCCUGAGGCAGAGCCCGAGGUAGAGCCUGAACCAGAACCCGAGCCACAGCCGCCGGAGAGGGUGCAGGAGGUGGUUCAUGGGGAGGAAGAAGCCUAUGAAGAGGAAGGGGAGGAUGGAGAUCAAGAUGAGGAGAAGCCAAAGUUCAAACCUCCAAAGAUCCCAGAUGGAGAGAAGGUGGACUUUGACGACAUCCAAAAGAAGCGUCAGAACAAGGAUCUGGUGGAGCUCCAGUCGCUGAUCGAUGCUCACUUUGAGUGCAGGAAGAAGGAGGAGGAGGAGCUCAUCGCUCUCAAAGAAAGAAUCGAGAAACGGCGUGCAGAGCGAGCCGAGCAGCAGCGGAUCCGCUCUGAGAGGGAAAAGGAGCGACAGGCCAGGCGCGAGGCUGAGAGGAUGAGGAAGGAGGAAGCUGAUGCCCUGAGGAAGGCUGAGGACGAUGUGAAGAAAAAGAUAGCAUUGACCAACAUGGGCUCAGGCUUCAGCAGCAAUCUUCAAAGGAUCGAGCAAAAACGCGGCAAAAAGCAGACUGAAAGAGAAAAGAAGAAGAAGAUUCUGGCAGAGAGAUACAAACCUCUGAGCUUUGAUGAUCUCAGUGAUGACAAAUUGAGGGAAAAAGCCAAGGAUCUGUGGGAAUGGCUGCACAACUUGGAAGCUCUGAAAUACGACUACAGUGAGAAGCUGAAGAGGCAGAGAUAUGAGGUCGUCUCCCUCAGGAACCGCAUUGAUGAGCUGCAGAAACACAGCAAGAAGGGAGCCGCCAGUCGUCGCAGGAAGUGAUGCCAUGGCUGAGGAAGGCAGUCAGAUUGAGUGGGACGCACGCUUCAUCCAACUCCGCCACAAUGGGAGCAGCUAGAUCUUUUAGUGCCUGUACCUGCUUGAGUGAAACCGUUUUACCAUUAAAACCAUAAAUAAAUAUGAGAUGGCACCAA